AUGCCCACGCACACAUCACUGCAGAGGCGAUGGUGGGAGGCGAGGCACCUUGUAGCCAGCGGCACACGACCCCACACCGAUAAGACAUCUCUCUCUGUGCUGCCUAGAGGCCGCCUCCUGGAGCAACUGUGCGGACAGGCCCUUUUGGCACUGGUGAGGAACCAAGGGGCGGAUUUCCUGACUAGAGCAGAUACACGUGAGUUAAUGUGUUGCCCUCAGGCAAUGGGGGGGCCUGCAAGGACCCCGCUCACGAAGCGGGUGGACAUUGCGUAUCGAGAUUUGGGUCAUGCCGAGAUACUCCUAUGAAUCGAACGUGCCAGCACAGCGCUGUGCCUUUUUGAGGGUGCGGAUUGCACCCGGAGGACUUUCAGCACACCACCACUCCUGUGCGGGCGUAGCUAGUCGACUAACAAGCAAUAUUCUGACCCCUCCAAAUGUCGCGGUGUCACCAAGGUGACCCCUUUCCUGUGGAUCCCUUCAUGUCACCGGACAGAUGA